AUGACAACUCCUCUCCCGUUCUACACCGUAAACGCCUUCGCGCCCACCCCUCGCGCCGGGAACCAGGCCGCAGUCGUCAUCUUCCCAGCGGGCGACCCGCGCGCGGUCGAUGACGAGUACUACCGCGCCCUCAGUGCCGACUUCAACCUGGCCGAGACGGCGUUCCUUGUUCCCAAGGAUACAGAGGCUAAAGUACCGCGCUACGGUCUGAGGUGGUUCACUCCCGAAGUCGAAGUGCCGCUCUGCGGACACGCGACCCUAGCGGCGGCCACUGUGCUCUUCCACUUGCACCCCAACGCUGAUGAGGUGAAAUUCGAGACGCGCUGGCGUGGGAGCCUCACCGCGCGCGCACUUGAGCGCGGUAAGGCGACGAGGGUGGCCAUCUCCCUCCCUCUUCCCACUGAACUUGGUCCGGCAACUGAGAGCCAGAAAGCGGAUGCACGGGCCGCCCUGAAGUCGUCUUCGGGGGUAGAGGAGGUAGUGCGCGUCGCCCACUUUGAGUUCGGCGCUAUUGUCGAGGUACCCUCGUCCGUCGACAUCGAAGCGCUCGAGGUCGACACGGCCAAGCUUCUCCCGGCUUACCCCGAGCUCUUCAUUAUCACCCAGGUGUCUGGAUCCUCGGGAAGCGGUGCAGUGAUCAACUCGCGCGUCUUUGCCCCAGGUCUCGGUAUUCCCGAGGAUCCCGUUACGGGGGCUGCUCAUGCGGCUCUGACCGCGUACUACCUCGGCGAUGGAACUGGGAAGCCUUCCAUCAAGGCUGCCAAGGAGGGCGCGACCGAGCUGGACGCCCGGCAGCUGAGCAAGCGUGGUGGAGCUAUGACUUGCGAGCUUGUGGAUGGGAGAGCGCAGCUCACGGGCCUGGGGUGGCGGACGGCCAAGGGCGAGCUGGAGGUUCUGCCGUAG